CUUCCCGCUCUUAGCGCUGGAGUGCCAGCUUGACUGUUGGCCUUUCUGUCUCAGGAGAACUACGCGAGGAAGUUCAUUUAGGGAAAGCGAAGAGGAAAAUCAGACAUGUUAACGCAAAAGCUGCGUCACAGGAGCGAUGGGAACAUUUCAGAGAGCGUCAGCGGCGAACGCCGGUGGUUUUGCGCUUCAGUGCGCCAAGAGACGGAUUCAUAGGACGCGCGUCUACACGAGCUCGCGCGGAGAACACCACCAACUUCUGCGGCGCGUGACUUCAUUACGCCACCGGUCCGGACCUCUAUACUUGUGUUUCAAACUUCAUUUAUUGAAGGAAUAAUAACACCACCAGAGGAACAAUGACAGUGACUUUCCCUGGCUGAUAAUAACGCUUUACUACUUUAGUGAAGGGUUUCAUUCUCGUUUCUAACGGAAUUUUGGUGAUAGUUAAAGGACACGGAUUUUUGGGGACCGCAGCAACGCCAAUCUGCCGUCGAACCAGUUACUAUAUCACAUGACUUUUCACAGGAUUAUGUUAUUUAUUCAACAACUUAUCACACUAGACUAUUCAUAAUGUUGUUUUUGGACACUAUACUACUACCCAGAAAGCCAAAGAUGAUCGCUGUACGGAUGGCGUUACUGCACGCGCUCCUCGUCGCGUCUCUCCACGGAGUGUGUGAAAGCAGGGGCGGAGGUAGCGAUCUCGUGCCCAGAUUCUCCUCAUCCUUGCCCACGUACCUCCCUGUGUCCUGCCAACUGCAGGGUGCAGAGUCAUCCUUCUUUCUCUGGGAGGCCACACAGAAUGUGAUGCGUAACGGGAGUUUGCAGACACGCAGUGAGCCUCUCUUUCUCCACUUGCCCGAUGCUGGCCCUGCUCCCCUCUUGUUGGUCAACUGUAGCUAUGGCAACCUCACCGCAGAGGCGCCAGUACCACCAGAGCUCCUCCAGGGGGCGCUGCCACGUUCUUUCCAUCCCUCUACACACCUCAAACUGGGCUGGAAGGUGAGAGCGCACCUGGUAGGCAGGAGGAUAGGAGUCAAUCGACCUCAAAUCCAGGUUUUGUUUUAUCUGGCGGGCCGCAGGUGGGAGGAUGUGGAUCUUGCCGCGGAACUGCUUCCGUGUAUCUGUGUCGUUGGGUUCCGUGAUCCAGGGGAAGGCUCUGUAUCAACCGCCUGCCGACUGGAGGGAAACAUGGGGAUCUGUGUAGCCCAGCUUGGCAUCCCAACGACCUGGUUCAAUGCUCCUCCGCCACGUAGGCGCACACAGGAGCCCGUUCCUGUCACGGUGGAGUUGCACUACUCCAUCCUUCCUCCAGAGGACCAGGGGAAAGAGUGUGUAGCGGGUAUGGUGCAAGGAAAGGCUGUAGGGCAGGAAGGGGAUAUGCAGAGGAUUGGGACGGUGACUCUCGCCACUGGGGACAACAAAGCACCCAGAAACCGACUUAGACUGGAUGGAGACGUUGAGAUUCUGGCAUCCCCCAGCCCGGUUAAACAGGGACAGACAGUGGGAUUUCAAGUACUAAUGAAUCCUGCUGCCGCCACUGAGCAGUUCACACUGAGAGUCCAGUAUGGGCAAGGCAUUAAUUUCAUGGUGGUAAAGCCCAGUAAUCUGGCAGCGUGGGAAAUCAAGCAAGAAGUAGUGCCUGGCUCCUCCUCCCUGUCCAUGUUCUGCCAGAGGAAGGCCAGCUCCACCAAUGAGAA